CGCGCCGCCGCCGACGAGGGCGUCGUCUCGGCGCUCGGGCGGCUGCGCGAGGACCUCGAGGCGCUGGACGCGGACGCGGCGGCGCGGCCGCGCGUGUCGAGCGGCGAGGCCGCGGCGCUCGCGGCGAGCGUCUCGGCCGCGGCCGCCGCGCCGUUCCUCGAGAACCCGGCGCUCGCCGAGCUCGGCGUGCCGGCGGCGGCGCUCGUCGUGGCGGCCGUGGGCGUGGCCGCCGAGUACGGCGGCCGCGUCGCGACGGCGACGGCGAAGGAGGUCGCCGCCGUCGCGCUGCGCACGGCGUCCGAGGCCGAGGCGGCGCUCGCGGCCGCCGAGCGCGCCAAGUCCGCGUGCCCGCUCUGCGCCGGCCUCGCGGCGGCGGCGGCGGCCGUCGCGCUCGCCCUGCCCAGGGCGGCGCCGCCGCUCCUGCUGGGCGCGGCGCCCGUCGCCGGCGCGCUCUGCGCGGCGGUCGGCGCGCUCGCGCACGCGCGCGCGGCGGCGCGGGCCGCCGCCGCCGAGAAUUUGGGAAGACGGCGCUUCGCCUCGUCGGCCGAGGUCGGCGCGACGUGGCGGUCGCAGACGGAGAUGGUCUUCGCGCGCGACCUGUCCGAGCGGCGGCGCCACGCGACGGUCGCGCUCGCGCUGCUGCCCGCGCCGCUCGCGGCCCUCGUUCCCGGCAGCGGCCAGUUCCGCGCCGUCGCCGCGGCGUCGGCGAGCGCGGCGCAGGCGGCGUACCACGUCGCCGCGGCCGAGUGGGGCGUCGCGCACGCGGCCGACGCCGUCGCCGACAAGCAGCGCACGGCGGCCAUCAUCGACACCUACGCGAACCAGGCGGCGCGCGUCGGGGCAUUACUGCCCUUCACGUCGGCGCUCGCGGGCCUCUGCGCGGCCGCGGCGGCGGUCGUCGUCGAGGUCGCGCCGGCGGCGGCGGUCCUCUUCCCGGCGGCGGGCGCCGUCUGCGCCGCGGCGGCGUCCGUGUCAAAAGCGUGCUGCGAGGCCGACGCGAGCGCCGCCGCCGCGGCGUCGCGCGGCCUC